AUGUUAGAGGAGCUUCUUGAUUAUCGCCUCACUGAACGUCAUUUUUUGCUUGAGCUUCAGAUGGCGAUUAUUCAGGGAUUGAUGGAUGAGUCAAAUGCUUAUGCUUCAGAGCACACUAACUCGUUAGACCUUCUCGAAGAAUUUGUUAGACUUUUAGAUGCUGCUCGUGCGAGUGAGCAGGAUCUCCGGAAGCGCCUUAUCGUUAGCGAGGAGCAGCGCUGUGAUUUGCAACGACUUUGCGAUGAGAGACGCGUUCGGCCUUCUAAGAUCGCUGAAUCCACCUCUUCAGGCGUUUUGCAUAAGGCUGAUUCGACUAUUAGCGGUGAGAAAAUUCACGAACUCUCUCGUGAGGAGCUAAAAGAUCUUCUCGAGGCGCUGAUUCGUGAACGGAAUGCCUUGCGGGAGUCCUCCGCGUGGUUGGAGCAGGGGCAGGCCGAGGCGGUCGGCACCCUGCAUGAUCGUAUCGCCUUGCUCACGGAGGAGUUGCAGCACAAGUCACGUGAGCACACCGACGCGGUCGAAAAGUUGGAGGAUUUCGUUGGCUUGCUUGAAUCGGCUCAUACGAAUGAGUAUUCCGCGCUCGUUGAAAUCGAGAAUCGGGAUAAUAAGCUUCUAGAUAUGCAGGCAGAACGGGAUGAGGAGCAGAUUCGCUACCGUCGUACUCUCGGCCGGGUGCAAGGCAACGUUACCUCCCAAGCGGGGCCGAACGUUGCGCGUCCUCAUGACGUGCUUUACUCCGUAAAAGAGGUGAUCGCGCACCUUCGUGAUCAGAUUGAGCGUUUGAAACUGGAAAAAGAGGCACUGAGUGCGGAUCUCGAGCAAACUCAGCAAGGGCAUCGCGAGGUGGUUGCUGCACUGAACGGGCAUAUCCAAAUCUUGAUGAAAGAGCUCAACACACGGAUUCGCGGCAGCCAGCAGUCCGCCUCCAGCGCCUUGGAGCUUCUCCGCGAGAUCGAGGUGCUCCAAGCCGCGGAGGGGGCUUUAGCGGAUGAUUGA